CAAGGAUCUAAUCGAACCUUGGACUCAUUGCCCACGGCCGUAAUAUUGAUAAAAGUUCCAUCGUGAAUUCUCUAUAAAAGGUCUUGUGCCGUCAAGAAUGUUCUGAUUACACUACAUCCCAAGACACCGGAUAUUUAAACCACCAUCACUUCUCUUCCUACUAGACUCGCUCCUUUCGAUAUCCAUCAUACACCUACACAUACCAUCGUUCUACCAGACAUCCACGAAAUCUUCGCAAUGAAGUUCUCUGCCGCUCUCCUUACUAUUGCCACUUUGGCUACUUCUGUAUUUUCCACGGCCUUGAGUCCCCCCGACAACUCAAGCUGCUUCUCCCACAUUCUUCCUGUUCUCAGGAUCAACCGAGACAACCGCCGAGAUAUCCAGGGUGAUCUCGACGCCCGCCGCUCCAUCGAAUGGAAUCCGAACCGUAACGUUCGCGUCAUCAUCGACUUCUCGUCUACGACCACCCGGAACCGCCAGCUGAGGUACCAGAUCACCAACCGGUCCCAGCUGUUCGGCGCGGCCAUCAUCUUCAGCAACUACCAGGACACCAUCACCGGCACGGUCAGGGAGACGAUCAGGGUUCCGAUCGGUCGCGCUACCGGGAUGAGUCUCAGCCCGACCCCAACCACCGGCGCCGGCUGCAUCGUUCUCGACCGCCUGGAUGGUACUUGGUAUGCCCAGCUAGAGUAGAGCAAUCCUAGCGUCACCGUCCAACAGGGGUAGCUCGUGCUACACAUCAACCUUGUCUCCAGCUAGUGUCUCUUCCAGCCAGCAUUUCGAGAAGCACGUGCUGUAUUCAGUCGAGGAAACAGGAACGCAGGAUAUUGUUCAACCACUCAGCAAUACCCCCCGGUUUAGCUUCAGUGCCAAAUGACCUUAAAUAGCAAGGCUCUAAGGCUGUAUCGUUAUAUGGAAAAGGAUUUGAGCCGUGGCAACU